UCUCCUCCGGCCGGCAGAGCCGUUCUGCCGGGGAGCUUCCUCAUCUCCUCCUCCUCCUCCUCCUGCGGUCCUCCUCAUCUUCAGCUGUUAGUGGACGAGCUGAGUGUUUUGAGAGGCAAAACACGACAAUGUAAACAAAAGUCGGUGAGGCGUAAUGACGCGCAGCUUGUGUGGAUAGACGUAGCUAAUCCCUCCCUGACCUCUCCGUGCUGCUGCACAGCCUUAAAGAGUGAAGCCUACAGGGGGAUGAACACGGAAGCAGAAGCACAUUUUGAGCGCCCAAAAAUAUCAUCCAGGUAAUUGAACUGUUGUUUGUUCAUGAUGGGGGAGCUGAAGUCCAGGCGUCCUGCUGGGCCUCGCUUGGACCUGAACAACUUUAACCUUGCCGAAGCGGAGAGGAGUCGGUAUGUUUUAACGAGUCCCCGCUCGCUUGAGUCUUGUACACGACUCGGGGUCAAACCUAUUGACCUUCUCAUUAAAUCACUAAAUGAGUUCGUUGCUGAGCAGCGUGGCGUCCCCUUUGAGGCGAUGAGAGUCAUGCAUGAAUCCUACGAGAAGGAGAGAAUGAAGCUUUUACGAAUGUGCCGAGAGGAGAGGGAGAGGAUUAUCCGGGACAGGUGGCCAGGCUGUGAUGAUAAAGUGUCCUGCCUGGAAGUGGUGAAGCCUGAACUGAAGGAUCACAGACAGACAUCAGGUAUCCAGUAUGCAGAACUGUGCUUUAAAGGGAAAUCUGCGAGCAGGUCCUCCUGCUCCAACAGAGACAGGAGCACAGUCUGCAGCUUCAACCUGGGAGACCUCAGACAAACCCCGGCUACUGAGAGGAAACUGGAGAGGCUCACUAGGGACAUUAAGAAGGAGAUGUGUGUCACAGUGUCGGAGAGAGACCGCAAGAUAGCAGCUCUCAUGUUGGUGAAGCACCAGGAGGAGCAGGCCUGUGCGAAGCUCUGUCAGCAGGAGGAGCAGGAGAGACAGGAGGCCCGCAGGCAGGAGGAGGCCCAGCGGGCUCAGGAAGAGAAACAGAGGAGGAAGAAACUGAAGCAGAGCAUGCAACGCUGGCAUGAGGAGCUGGAGGCCCGCAGGAGGCUGAGGCAGCAUCAGGAGAAAAGGAAAGUGGGACAGCUCGAGCUGGAGGUGCUGCUGCAAGAGGACCGCUGGAGUAGGCUGAAAGAGGAGGUGGAGGUGCAACGCAGAGAGAAGAUGGAGGCUGCACAGAAAGAGGCAGGGGGCCGCAAGCGCUACCAGGAGAAGCUGCUGAGAGAGAAGGAGGAGGUGGAGGAGAGGGAGCGAGAGAGGGAGAGGCAGGUGGCGGAGGAGAAGGAGCUGAAGGCCAGGAGGAGCAGAGUGUCGCAGGAGAAGAAGGAGAGGAAGAGGCUGCAGGAGGAGAAUCACAGGGAGCUGCUACGACACAUCCUGCUGAAGCAGCAGGCGGAGCAGCAGGUGGAGGAAGAGGAGGCCCAGAUGAGAAGCACGCUGGAGAGGAAGCUGAGGCGCUCCUGCGAGAAGCGUGCCCAGGCCGCAGAGGCUCGGCUGAGGGAGCUGAAGGAGCGGGCGGCCCGGGAGGAGGAGCAGAUCCAGAGAGCCCAGCAGAGGGCCAAGCUGCAGGGCUACCAGCAGCUCACACACAAACUGAUCCUGGUCCAACUGAGCCAGCGGCGCACGGAGAGGGCCGCCAUGCACGCCUCGGCCCAGCAGAGGAGCAGAGCUCAGCAGACGCACCGACACAACACGCACAGGCUGCUCUGCCACCAGAGGCUGAGGGAGAAGGUGCAGAGAGAGGAGGAGGCCGUGAGGAAGGUCAGAGAGAGUUGCGUCUUCAUGAAGGACUGGAGGAGGGAGAGGCUGCGGAGACAGCGGGAGCAGAUACAAGAGGAGGCGCACAGGCUGGCUCGGGCCUCCUAUCACAUGAGGGAGAGAGUGAGGCAGCAGACACACAGUCGGACCUUUGAUCAGAUGGCUCUGGAGGCUCAGCUGACUGCCUACAUGAGCCGCAUGAAACUAUGAAAGAAAUGAUUAACUUCCCAUCCUUCCUGACUUCAGAAAGACUCUACACACCAGCACCUAAGUGAAUUCAGACAAAAUAUCUAUCUAGAAAUGUAGUGAGGACUUUCCAUACAAGUAUGUGAAUGUGUUAUAAUCACCAGGGUGCAGCUGGAGGAUGAAUGUCGGGGCCUUGGUACAUGCCAUGGAUCAUUAUCAUGUCAGAGCUGUGAUUUUAGUGGUGUGUAAGGACUCACAAAGUCAGUUUCAUUUGAUAUGAAGCUGUAGUGGAAGAGUCCCUGAAAGUGUGCCAUAUAUUUUCAAUUUUAUGAGUUUAAAAGGACAAAUUAAAUUUAUAAAAGUUAAGAAUGAAACUGUGGAAUGACCUUGUAGUGACCUCCCAUCAGGAUAAUAAACACUAAAGCAGUUUUUCCCAACCCUUUUUUUGGAUUGUGACCCCAUACAAUAUCUUGAUGUGACCCCUCAUGUCAGGCUGCAUAUGUCAAUGAUAUUAGACUGAUUUUAGCUUUUCAGAUAUAACAAAAUAUUCUAUUAAAAAAAAGUCAUAAUUAGA